UCACUAGCCAGGGUGGGACAAGACCGACUGAGGUCUCCUCCACAUUGCCUAAUCUGCUGCCCCUCAUUUAUGUUCUGCAAUAUCAGGCUAUUGAACCUGUAAGCAAUCAAGCUCGGCAUUUUUCUAGAUGAUUACGAGUAUUUAUUAAAAUAAACCAAAUAUUUAUUUUAAAAAAAUGGAUGAGAAGUGUUUUACCAAGGAGCUCGACCUAUGGAUUGAACAAAUCAACGAAUGCAAACAGCUAUCGGAGAGCCAAGUCAAAACGCUUUGCGAAAAGGCUAAGGAGAUUCUGACCAAGGAAUCCAAUGUGCAGGAGGUCAGGUGUCCAGUCACAGUGUGUGGAGAUGUCCAUGGGCAGUUCCAUGACCUCAUGGAGCUCUUCAGAAUUGGAGGGAAGUCUCCAGACACUAACUACCUGUUCAUGGGAGACUAUGUGGACCGAGGCUACUACUCUGUAGAAACUGUCACACUGCUUGUAGCACUUAAGGUUAGGUAUCGUGAACGCAUCACAAUCCUUCGGGGGAACCACGAAAGCAGACAGAUCACACAAGUGUACGGCUUCUACGAUGAGUGCCUGAGGAAAUAUGGCAAUGCGACUGUAUGGAAAUACUUCACAGACCUCUUUGAUUACCUUCCCCUCACUGCCUUGGUAGAUACUCAGAUAUUCUGCCUUCACGGAGGCCUGUCACCAUCUAUAGACACAUUGGAUCACAUCAGAGCGUUGGACCGUUUGCAGGAAGUGCCACAUGAGGGCCCCAUGUGUGACCUGCUGUGGUCAGACCCUGAUGACCGUGGGGGCUGGGGGAUCUCUCCCAGGGGGGCCGGUUACACCUUUGGCCAGGACAUAUCGGAGACAUUCAACCAUGCCAACCGCCUGACCCUGGUCUCCAGAGCACACCAGUUGGUGAUGGAGGGUUACAAUUGGUGUCAUGAGCGAAACGUGGUAACAAUAUUCAGUGCACCAAAUUACUGUUACCGCUGUGGUAACCAGGCAGCUAUCAUGGAACUUGACGACACCCUGAAAUACUCCUUCCUGCAGUUUGACCCAGCACCUCGUAGAGGGGAACCCCAUGUCACCAGUCGUACCCCAGACUACUUCCUGUAAAACCUCCCCCUUUGUAAAGCCCAGUAUUGCCCUAAAGGAUGAAAGUAUUUUCAGGAAUCCAGCACCAUGGCAGAGGGUGUAAGGGGGGGGGUCAAAACAUCAUUUUAUAAAUUGGAUUCACACAAACUGUAAUGUAAGCAAUCAGAAACCUCUGUGAAUGGACCAAAUGUGCCAUACAGUAAUUUUGAAAUGCUGAAGACUAUGGUUUUACGGAUUGCAACCAUAAUUCCUUACCGCUCCACUCCCAUUCUCAAGUAUCAAAGUGGGUGCCGCAACCAAGUUUUGUACAUUUUACAGUUUUUGCUCGAAUGUACCGUGGUUUAUAAUGUGAAUUCAAAAUGUCCCAAUUUUUUUAAAACAUCUUUGCACUUUUUCCCCUUCUUUUAUCCAAAUAAAAUUGAUUUAAAAAGUU